GCUGCAAGUGCUGUGAAUGAGAGGGGAGUUUGUAAAAGAACAAACCAGUCCUAUGUAGGCUGGUAUUUUACGGGAAGCAUAGUUAUUCGCUGUUGAACUAGUAAACAGGACGCCUACGAGAUGUGGUACCAGGAAUAGGAACACAUGCUACAGUUUUGGGGGAUGUUGCACCCUAACGGAGGUGGAGAACCGGAGGAUGCUCAUCACUAGAGUAGAUUUCUUGGAGGGAGAAACAGGACAUCGCUUCCGCUGGACACUGAAGGAACUACUUAAGUAAUCUCUGUACGAGAUCUCUUCUGCACUUUUAUUGUUCGAUCACAACGCAACAGCUAUUUAACCAUGGACGGACUAAACUCGAUCGCUGCGAUGAUUCUCUGCGCUUUGUUUCUGCCGCACGCACAGCUCAGCCACCAGGCGCUAAACUGCCAAGAAGUGCGUUCAUCCUUUCAGUUUUUAUAUCCUGGCACGAAGUGGGCGCCUGAAACGCCAGUCUCAGGCUCAGACCUGCAGGUUUGCCAGCCCAAAGGCCUCACCUGCUGCUCACGGAAAAUGGAGGAGCGCUACCUCCUCAGCGCUAAACAGAACAUGGAGUCCAGUCUGCAGGCCAGCAGCGCCCAGCUCAAGAUCCUCAUCAUCCAGAACGCUGCCCUCUUCCAAGAGGCCUUUGAUAUGGUCCUGCGUCUGGGCCGUAACUCCACCCUCUCCCUGCUGAGGGAAGAGUUCCCUGGCUUGGUGGGCGUGGCCAGCAGCGCGGUCACCCAGCUCUUCCUGGACAUGUCCCUCUACAUCCUGGGCUCCGACGCCAACGUGGACGACAUGGUCACCUCCUUCUUCUCCCGCCUCUUCCCCCUCACCUUCCGUCGUCUCCUUGGCAACAGCGCGAUGGCGGGCAUCUCCGAAGACUGCCUGCGUGGCGCGUGGCGCCAAGCCUCGGCGUUUGGCUCCUACCCCAAGCUGAUGAUGACGCGCCUCUCGCGGUCCCUGUUGUCCACGCGGGCCUUCCUUCAGGCACUGAACCUGGGCAUCGAGGUGGUGAACACCACUCAGCACAUGCGGGCGGGCAAGGAUUGCGGACGGGCACUGCUCCGGCUGUGGUACUGCCCGCACUGCCAGGGGCACCUGGACGCGCGUCCGUGCCGGGCACUGUGUGUCAGCACCAUGACGGCCUGCCUCGGGGGAGCCGGUGAUGUGCAGCCCCACUGGAGGGCCUACGUUGAGGAGCUGGGCAGUCUGGCUGCAGCCAUGAGGGGGGAACAGGAUAUUGAGGCCGUGGUGCUCAGACUGCACGUCAUUGUCAGGCUGGCUCUCCGGCACGCCGUAGGGGCCAAGAGCAAAGUGAAUGCACAGGUAAGCGGCGUUUGCGCACGCGCCCCCCAGAGAGUGGCGCGUGCAGCGACGUCACCAGCGAAACCAGCUGCACCGGUGUCCCGUAGCUCGCAGUCCGUGAACUUUGACCCCGACGAGACUCUGUCCGGGCGACGCAGAGAGUUUAUCUUGAGCCUGAGGGGAUUCAGUCUGUUCUACGGGGGUCUUGGGGAGGCUCUCUGCAGCCGAGAGCCAGCCACGCUCAACAGCUCCCUCUGCUGGAACGGGCAGGAGGUGACAGAAAAGUUUCCAGGUCCAGGACUGAAGAGGCCCCAUCCUCAUGUGCCUGACACCAAACACAAGCCCCCUGAACCUGUCAUCAGCCAAAUCAUUGACAAACUCAAGCACAUCAACCAGCUGUUACGGAUGGUGACGUCGCCUGAGAAACGAUGGCGAGCUCGUCCUCAAGGGGGUGCCGCGAGAAAAGAUCCAAAUCGACCGAGCCAAGGGACCGAGGACGAGGAAGGGCUAGAGAGCGGCGACUGUGACGAUGAAGAUGAGUGUACCGGAUUUUCGGGACUCGGGCCACCGCCGCGACGCAAGCGUCUGCGUAUCUUCGCAGACCUGGCGGAUAAUUUGGCCAUGGACGACCUCACUUUCCAUGAGCUGCUCCUGACCCCCAGGCUGGCCAAGGACUCGCAUGGGGGCGCAUCGGUGCCCGGGGCGGCGCAGGCGGCCCACAGCUCUCUCCGCCUCUUCGUGCUGACUGUCGUCCUCCUCGUCUUUGGACUUCAGUGAACCCUCUGCGCUGUUUCAGCCUACCACCCCCGUCCAGUGUUCCUCCCCGUCUACUGCUGACCAUCCUUCAAACCGGUCUUGUAAUUUGAUCGGACGCCGCAGUUGCCCCUGUGUAUAAAUGGUUUCUUGAAAGACGGUAAGAUGAUCGGGAUGAGGAAAGAGGAUCCCUUAGCGCACGCUGUCUCCAGUCUUACUAAUGAACGUGGCUUUAAUUUUUUUUCUACUUCUAUGAGGUUCUGUGCAGUUGCCAAACCAUUAAACAGAGUAUCUCACCGAGAAUGACAAAUUCGACGUACAUACUAUCAUGUCUCACCUUGUGCUUGUAUUCCAUGCUGCAGACAUGAUUUCCUCUCUGGGGUUCUCAUGAGGUUUUACACAAAGACCAGAGCCUCCUGUAGGUAGAGGACCCAACCUUCUUUCUUGAUUUAAUAGACUGUCUUGAGGAGUAAGAACUGUGACUAAUGGGGUCUGGGGAAAUGUAGUGCUUCUCUGGUGGGCACAGAUUUUAAAUAAACACACACAGACAGAUACACAGAAAAACAACACACACACACUUCUUUGCCACCCACUUUAGCCACUCAUUUCCUCUGCAGUAAAUGACCCUUGGAGGAGAUCAAGGGACUGGUGUGUCGUUGUGAAAGCCUUUCUCUGCGGGUGACGCCCAGCUGCGUUACAUUUAGAAAAAUAACAUUUUAUUGGAAUAGUAACUUUCCUUUUCACAGUUGUGCUAUCUUUGUCACUUUCCUUCUCUCUCUCUCUCUCUCCAUUUUUGGCUCAUAAGAAACCUCUCGACCUUCUGUCUGCUUUUCUGUCUCUCCAUGUCUGUCUGUCUUUCUGUGGCAGGUUGUGUCCCUUAAUGAGCUUUGUAUUAUAGCUCAUUUGUAUUAUAGCUCAUUUGUAUUAUAGCUGAUUUGUAUUAUAGCUCAUUUGUAUUAUAGGUGAUUAAAGGUUCGGUCCGUGCGGAGACCCAUAAACGUCCUGCUCUUGUCUUUGCUCGUGUUCACAGGUUACCAUAGCAAUGGCAUCCAAGCGGACAAGCCGCUGUGUUAAUGGCUACGUAGGUUGGGGUGUUUCAAGUGAUCGAUUUGCACCUUUCUGAAUUGCGGUGAAAUAGAAAGGGCUAAUGCUGUUAUUUAUCAGAUUAAACUCUUAUUCAAAUGCUUCGUUGAGAAAUUAAGAUAUAUUCACUCGAUUUCUCUAUGAAUUCUCAGAAUGUCUGUUUUCACUUUGACUAUGAAACUGUCCCUAACUAGGUGAAUGAACAAAAUGUGUAUCCCUUUAAUUGAAGGAGUGACCUGUUAUAUGCCAACAAUUAUUGUGUGUGUGUGUGUGCGUGUGUGUGCGUGUGUGUGCGCGCGCGUGCGCGCGCGGGUGCGCGUGCAUGUUCAAAGGCUGCACUUUUUGAGUUGACAAGCGUUUAAAUAAUUGAGACAGCAUUUACUGUCUUAUAUUGAAUGUACACAGAAAAAUAAAAGGAAACCCCGAGAUAAAAGCUUCUCCUUCCAAACUCAAAUAAAUUUAAAAAAUAUAUAUAUAUAUAUAAUUUUAUUUGUUUUAUUGGUUUAAAACAUUGCUUCUUAACAGUGUGCAUUAACAUGCUUUUUACACAUCAACUAAUGGUAAAAAUUGCUGAGAAGUUGUGUAAUUAUGCACCUAAGUCCCCCAUGGGUGUUUAAGGGCUGAGGGUGUAAUACUGAGAGAGGAGGUGGUUGAGGACCAUUUGGCACCUCUGAGUUUUGGCUUCAGCUCAGCUCUGUAACUACAGCACUGAACAAACGUUUGUUGUUCACCCCGGUUUUAGCAGCCAGUUCUGUUUUUGGUGAAGCGACCGUCUUUGUCGAACCACCUGGGCUGACCAGUAUUUGUAAUUGCCGGGGAGAGCAGUAUGGCUGUCCAAAGUAUGUGUGUCACACCUGACUAGAUGAUGUCGUUUUCUGGUUUUGUGACUGCACAUGCAUUUCGGAAUUAUCGGUUUUUAUGUAAUUUAAAGUGAAUAAAAAUGUUUAAGUAUUGGCUGUGAAUUUUGUUUGUGUUUUAGGGUGUUUUGCCUCAUAUAUGCGUGAAUUCAUGUUAGUUUGAGGUGUCUUUCGAUUAAACUUAUGACGGUAAGGAUG